AUGUCAGAACGCAAAGUACUCAACAAAUACUUCCCACCGGACUUUGACCCCGAGCUCAUCUCGCGGCGCAAGCACCCCAAAAACUCGCAACAAGUAGUGCGCCUAAUGGCGCCCUUCUCCAUGCGGUGCAACACCUGCGGGGAAUACAUCUACAAAGGCAAAAAGUUCAACGCGCGCAAGGAGACCGUCGAGGGCGAAGACUACCUCGGCAUCAAAAUCUUCCGCUUCUACAUCAAAUGCACGCUGUGUUCCGCAGAGAUCACGUUCAAGACCGACCCGCGCAACACCGACUACACCGCUGAGCACGGCGCCUCGCGCAACUUUGAGCCGUGGCGCGAUGAAAAGGCCGAGGAGGAGGACCGCCUCGCGAAGCUAGAGGAGGAGGAGAACAAUCCCAUGAAGGUGCUCGAGAACAAGACGAUCGACUCGAAGCGCGAGAUGGACAUUCUCGAUGCGCUGCAGGACAUCCGCGCGCGGAAUGCGCGGAACGAGCGCGUCGGUGCGUCGGACGACUUGCUCUCGCGGCUGGCGAUGCGCGAGGUGGAGGAUGAGGAGGAUAAGGAGAAGAAGAGGCUGGAGGAGGAGGAUGAAAAGUUGGUUGAGCAGGUGUUUUCAAAGGUGCCGGCGUCGGGGUCGACGACGGUGACGGUGAAGCGGAAAGCAGACGACUACGAGCCGCCGGCACAUACCCUCCUCUCGGACUCGGCGCGUUCGCUCAUCGCCUCUACAGCAACACUACAGGCAGCAAAGAAGCAGAAAACCAACGCCAAAAACUCACUAGGGAUCAAAGUGUUGAAGAAGCCUGCCAAAGCCAAGCCGACAUGA